AUGGAUUUGCUCAAGCCUGGUUUGCCUCGCCGGGUGCUUCAUCUGAUCAGAACAACCAAUACCAUCACAGCCAAAUUGGUCCAACAGCUCAACGCCUUGAAUGAAGAGACAAGCGUCUACCUCCUCUCUGUGUCUUCUGUGGACUUUGAGGUUCUUCCUGGCUCAGUGGAGGAUAUCUUCUCCAAGUUUUACUAUGCAGUUGGCUUGGACAAGAACAAGGCCACCCAUAUUCCCGAAAUCUCGUUGGAUACGUUGAAGAAGUACCAAAAACAGAUGCAAGAUGCCUCUUCAGGAUCUGACACCCAUCAGGCGUUAAUUCUGGUGGUCAAUCGUUACUCUGUGCUCAUUGCCAUGUAUCACUUGUCCAAUUCCAUCAUCUGCAAGACGAUCGUGGCCAAGAACCAGUUACGUUACUGGUCGGACAUGAAACUCUCGACCUACUCCAAGAUCUGCUAUGGCAUUCAAACAUUGCCCGUGCGAGUGUACCACUUUGCUGCUACUGGAGUCAGAAACACCGUGGUGACAGCUCUGGAUGAGUCGAAGUUGAAGCAGCUUCCUUCGGCACUUUGGAAAUCGUUCUGCCAACUUGCUACCCAGAUGGUCUCGCAUGCCAAUAUCAACUUUAUCAUGAAGUCGUCCCGUUUCCGUAUGCUCAGGGUGCCGCUUAGCUUCCUUGACGACGAGAUCAAGGGUAAGAUCGAGCAAGUGCAAGAGCAUUUGGACGACUAUUACCAGAAAUUAGGACUCAUCAUCAACAAUCUCCCAGUUCAGCCUGCUCUAGUGCAGCAACUCUUGCCAGAAUGUGGAUCGGGCAUUGAAUCAAUGCUUGAGACAAUUGAAACGUACGUGAAGAGCAACGGAAAUGCCCGAAAGACAGCUCCUCCCAACUUCUUCGUUCGUUAUUGGCCACUUUUGUUUAUCUUGGUCAACUACGGCCCCGAAACAACUACAAAGGUAUGGACGAAUCGUGAACAAAUUCUCGAGUGGAUAAAGUACAACUUGGUCGACACGGUGGUGGGAUUCUGGAACAACUGGAUUGUCAAGCCAGUGGGCGAUAUGUUGGCGAUCUUACGUGACGACAACACCAUGACCAUCACAUCCAAGGAGUCUUUGAAAUCGGAUUUGGACUCGCUCGACAGAAUGGUGUUGGAAUUUAUGAGAGACAAUAAUGUGGAAGUCGACCCAGCACAGGUGCACCAAGCCGUUUCACAAGGAGAUCUUACAAUGAUGAUGUCACAGUACGAGAAAGAGAUCAAAACUCCUUACAAACUGAUCAUUAAGGGACUGCUUAUCCGGUCUAUCUUAAUCCAAGUUCAAAAGACCAAGGUUGAUGGUGCAGUUGCUAUCAACGGCAUCGACAAGUUGCUCAAGUCCCAGCAGUUACUCUUUGGCAUCUUGUCGAUCCUGCCCUCUAUUUUCAUUCUCUACCAGGGCAAUCGGGCCUUGCGCAAAGAUGCACUGCUCUCCAGUGACGUUACAAGUCGCCGCAUCGACUGCCUCAAAACCUUGAAUCAAGUGGAGAAACUAGUUAACCGCGAGACUGACGAAGACAAGCUUGUGUGCGAUGGUAAGCUUUUUGUUGAGAUUGUCAAUUUGUCACUUUUAUCGAAUGGCAUUGUUCCUAAGAAACUCCGCAGUGACUUUUUACAUGAUCUUAACGAACUUGCGGUGGCCCAUACUGAUACCAGUGAACGGGCAUCCAGUGCUGUCAACCGAAUCUGGAAUAUGUACCUGCCCUUUUUCAGGUCUCUCAAGUGA